UGGAAUUUUAUUCAAUGAAAUUUCAGAUUUGACCAAUGAUAGCACAAGGUCAUUUUAAUCUGGAUCAUUUUGAUCUUCUGGCGAAAGCAGCCAUGGCUAGAACUUUUAAACGGAACGCACCCGUAGCCUGAAGUCGUAACAAAUUGGCCAAUCACGAGGUCAGUGCAAUACUGGUUGGGCAACGUGUCCAUCAUUUGUACGUUGUCGGCCCUGAGCUUCGCCUGGGGAAAAUUCGUGUUAACGAUCGCCGCGGUUGGCGGCGGAUUCGACGGUGCCGUUUGAAAGAGAUACGUGCGUUGCGAGCUGAUAUUUGCGUGAUGAGCCGCUGCGAAGUGCGUGAGUAGCGGAACGACGAAUUUGUGCCGAUCGAGUGGUGCGACGAAAGCGAGGCACGGCCGACCGGUCUUGUCCAGCUGGAAUCAUGUUCCGCUCGAAGAAAGACGUCGACCGCCACGUGCAGAAUGUCUUCUGCAAGUUGCGGAACGAGAACGAGAAAAAUCUCCGCUGUUACAAUGUUGCCAAACUGUAUUAUCAAGUAGGUGAUUAUGAAUCCACAAAAAGAUACGUAUUUAAUUACUUAGAGAUACGAGAUAAUUCUGCCAGUGCGCACAAGUUGUUGGGUCAAGCGUACGAGGCUCUCGGUCAAAAGGAGGCAGCUUUUAACGAGUACAAAGUCUCCCUCGAACUUGAAGGAAGGCAGGAUGAUCUGGUCUUGAAAGUUUGCGAGCUACUGGUUGACAUGGACAUAGGAAUGGACGUUAAUAAACUCAAGUAUUGGGUAGAAAGAGCGGAUAAACUAUUUCCACAUCACUCGGUAGUUUUUCAAUUAAAAGAGAAGCUAUUGACCAUAGAGAAACCGAACAACAGCAGUGAGGAUCUUGAGGCGCUUAUCGCUUCUGAAUUGGCUGCGAGACCGACUGACGUGCAACUGCGCAUCAAAUUGCUGAAUUAUUACAUGUCUGAAUGCAAAUUGGAUAAAGCCUAUGAACACGCUAUCAGUGUGGAGGCCACCGUUUCUCACAGAGACAGCAUUGCAUGGUAUCAGUUACUAUACGAAUUAUUAACCAAGUAUAAAGAGACCAAAUCCUUUGAUUGGUCUUUCUGGUGUUACUACAUAUCCGUAUCGGAUAAAUACGCGGGAUUGUGUCUCAAGGAGCAAGGCAGUGAAAUGAAGAAAAGCAUUCCAGAGGCAGCUCAGGCAGUAUUUAAUUUUGACCAAAACCUGAACGAGAUGAAGUCGAAGAACUUUUCUAAGCAAUACACCUUCACCGAGCACUUGUUUACACACAUGUGGGGUCAGUUGCACUUCCACUUGGCGUGUUUGUUAUUGCGCAAAACUAAGCGCGAGCAAGGCAGUUGGAACGAAGCGGGAAGACUAUGCUCGCCCCUGUUGUUGACUGCGUUGCACGUAGCUCCAUUGGAGAAUCGUAUGCGCAUACAACUAGAAGAUGACGGACUUAAGAAUCAAUUCAAUGUAUGGGCCAUGGAGGCUGCAUAUCGAUGUUGCCAAGCCGGUUACAUCCUUCAAAAUUAUGCCAGGGAUGACACGAAAAAGCUGAUAGAUAGAAUUGAUAAAUUUUGCACGGGACUUUGGAGAGAGCGUGUCUAUCAGAGAAUUUUUGUGACCAUGAUACACCUCGAUCAUAUGCGGAGUUCAUUUUUCUGCCAUUUUCAUACAGCGCCUGAUCCACCUUUACGUAUGUGCACUGCAAAUCAGCUAAGGACUUACAGCCAAAUCGCACAAGAAGUAUGGCCCGCUUCAUUGCACCAUCAAAUUUGGCUCGGAAUGGAGAAUCGGCCUCAGCACAGAGACUCCCCAUAUCCGGACCAGAUCUCGCGUGUGUUUCCAGCGUUACAAUUUUCAGUGUUCAACACGAAUCAGGCGGCACCCGACAGCCUAUGUCUCAUCGAUAUCGAUGCGUUUCUCAACGCGGCGAUACUUUGCUCGUCCGCCAUCCUGGAAGAACAGCAACUCGGUAGUUUCAUGAAUCCAGAGAAACUGCCGACACUGCCUAUCGAUCUUACCACGACACUGUCCACUAGUAAUCAGGAGAAAUGGUGGUCAGCGGCGUACAAGACGUACUCCAAGCGAGAGGACGUAGACGGCGACAUCGGCGAGCUACGACAGGAAUUGCAACAGGGUUUGGAAGUCAUUCGCUGUAUCGGUAAUCACGGUAUGCAUCCGGUAUUACUGGUGCAUCUGGCGCGCAUGUUCCAUUAUCGCGCGAAGGUGCUGAAGGAGAAGGAUGAGGCGAAUGGCAACAUCUCUAGAUGGGAGGCGCGUUCCGAGCUGUACUGGACCGCCGCUCUACCGCUGUUGGAGAGACUGCAGAACAAUCAAACGUUACGUAUGUCUCCGUCGAAGUUAUUCAAUUAUCAGGGCAAAGAGAUGAAUAACUUCGAGCUGACGAACGCCCUCGAGGAGGGCAAGCUGUUGUUGGCCCAGCGACUCGUACGCGACAAACAGUACGAGCAGGUGAUCGACGCGCUGCAGGCGCUCAAGUGCCCGGAAGCGUCGUUCCAGCUGGCACAGAUUUACAAAAUCUUUGCAGAUGAGAUAGUGAAUUCCACACCUCGCGAGAGUCUCACGUCGGAGAUGCGAUCGCAGCACAUCAUAAUGUUGUCGAAGGCGAAAAACUGCUUCUACCUCACGCUCGAUCGACUUCGUAGUCCGGGCACGAAUCCCAAACAUCCGCUCAACUCCGAGCUCGGUACUCACAUCACCGACAUCGAAAACGAGUUGAAGAGGAUAGAUCCGGAUUUGGGCAGGGGUGACUUGAGCAGGAACGACGUCGAUGGUAUAUCCGACGAGAGUUAUUCGCCCACGCACAGCGCCGUGGAUCAGGCAGUCACGAACCCGACACUGCCGAUGUUAACGACGCUGACUGGCGGCUCGAAUAUGCUCAGCACUCCUCAGAGGAAUGCUCAUCGUACGCCGAAACACGCUAGCACACCGUGCAAAUUGCAGGACUAUUUGAAUCUAUCGAAGAACCGUACGGAGGCACGUCCGAGCCCCGAACGUCUCGACGCUCAGAUACGUCAGAUUAUGCAGUCCCGGGACAACGAGAUGCAGGAAAUGAUGGAACAGAUGAAGAAUAUGAUGUUGCACAUGAAGACGUUGACCGACAAAGUGGACAAUCUAACGAAGGAGAUAACCGAGUCGCGCAAAGAGAAUCAAAAGCAGCAACAGCAGCAGCAGCGUUUACAGCAGCAACAGAACGUGAAUCCCGUUGUUGAUCCCGAAGACUUCUACGUCCUCGACGACGACGAGUACGUCGAUUUGAACUAUCAGAAUCAACCGGCCGGGCCAGCGUCCUCGAUUUCCGGUAACAUAUUUACGCCGCAGCAUGCUCGGCACCCUUACCCGUCGCUUAUGUACCCUUCCGCGGCGACUGCGUUCCAGUAUUAUCAGGGAGGACUACCGUUCACUGAUCCGAACGCUCAGGCGGCCAUAUCGUCCCUGUAUCCGCACACCGUCUACCCAAUGCCGAUGCUGUAUCCUAAUCAGGCGAAGGUGCCGGACAAUCCGCUGCAGCAAGGUCUCUUUGCGUCAACGCUUUCCUCGCAGCUGCCCGAUCUCAUGCCGGCAGUCGCGGCAAAUCCGUCGCUACAGAUAACGCUGAAGCAAAAAAUGGAAACGCCAUCGCGGACCAAGCCCGAGGCGACAACAACGACGGCCACGGCGACGACGAUCGCCAAAGAUGCGCCGGUGAACAAAGCACCGCCUGUAAACGUGGUCAUCACGACCUCCGACACGCUACCGACCACGGUGCCGUCCACCCAACCGACCCUAAGUGUUACCAUACCACCGCAGUACCGAUUAGGAGGCGGAACAGCCGUCACCUUCUCCACCACGCCGACGACAAUGACAACCAAAUCAUCUUCCAGUGUGCCGCACUGCUACCAGAUUCCCAUGCCCCUGCAAGCCACCAUACCGACCACUGUCAACUUGCCGCCGACGUCCACCUACGUCACCCCGGCCAGCAUCAAUGUGCCGUCGAUCUACGUCAAUCUGACAACGUCAGAGUCUAUCGGCACGGCGACGCAUACGACCAGCAGUGGCGCUUUGCUAAGUGAUCAAGAUGCUACGAGUAAGAUACAAGACAAGACUGAUACCACUAAACCCAUCUACGAGCCGAUCACCGAAUCACCGAACACGUCCACGGAGAUAUACGAGCAGGAGCACGACCCGAUACCGAACUUCGUGCCUGUCAUACCGUUGCCCGACAAGGUGGAGGUCACCACCGGCGAAGAGAACGAGCACACUCUGUAUUGCGGUCGGGCGAAGCUGUUCCGCUUCGUUGACAAGGAGUGGAAGGAGCGCGGCGUUGGUGACGUGAAACUGCUGCGCAACGCGGAAGGCAAGGUGCGCUUACUGAUGCGUCGCGAUCAGAUCCUCAAGAUCUGCGCGAAUCACAUGCUCAGACCCGACAUGGAAUUGAGCCCCAUGACGAAUAACAACAAGGCCUGGUUCUGGGUCGCUAACGACUUCGCCGAUGAGAAGGUGAAGCUGGAGAAACUUUGCAUCAGAUUCAAAACCAAGGAGGAAGCGGCGACGUUCAAGGAGGCCUUCGAUCAGGCCAGACUUAGUCUGUCCGUGACGUCGCCGGGAAAGGCGUCCAAGAUUAGCGAGAAAGUCUCCUCUAGCGACAAAGACUCGUCCAAGAAAGCGCAGUCGACGCAGCAAGCUAAAAUAAGUUCAACAACGGAAGUGGUUUCCUCAGACAAAUCGAAAUCCGGCAUGACGACGCUGGGAGGAUUUUUCUUCAGUUCUAAACCUAUUAUUCAAGAGGUCGACGAUACGGAACCGGGUGACUCUAAGAAGGCCGAAGAGCCGCCGAAGGUCAGUCCGUUCAGCGGAUUUUCCUUCACCAAGUCGACCGGUAAGGACGAGACAAAGGUCAUGACCACCACCACCGCUUCGACACCACCUGCAAGCUUCGUUUUCCCCACGACUCCGACAACGCAUUCGCAGUCGUCGGUUCUAACGAGCACAGCCUCCAAUGCAUCACCGAUAUUUACGUCUCCCAUGACAACCGGUCAGAAUUCCACGACAUUGAGGAGGCCUCGACUGCCGCCACCCGGCGUCAAGCAGGCAUCUAACGACGAGGCGCGACCGCCAAUGGAAAAUGAGCAGAAAUUGUUUGUUGGGACAGCGAGUCUUCAAUGUCAAUGCGUUAAUGGUGCCAAUGCCGUACAGUGGAAGAACAAGGGUACGGGACCGAUGAUGCUGUUGCUGAACACGAAAUCCGGCAAGCUUCGCUUGUUACUGAUGGUCGACGGGAGUUCCAAGGGUUACGGUCAUAGAGUUCCGCUGGACAUGGCGUUUACAUACAAAAGUGGUACUAUGGUCGUCAAUUGGUCCGUGCCGGGAGACGCCAAAGAACCCGGUAAGACCUGGUCGUUGCAUGCCGCGACUUUCGGCACGCCGGAACUGGCGUUGCAGUUCUACAACGUUGUGUCAAGCUGCCAGCAGAAGCUAGCUAAAGGCUCUAGCCCGGGCGAAGUCACGAAGGAACUCGAGAAGAAGGGUCAGACGUCGUGUGAGAGCAAGGGUCAAAACGCCACGGAGGCGAAACCGCCGCCGUUGUCGGAAUUAUUUAAACCACCGACCGGUUCCUGGGAGUGUAGCGGCUGUUACACCAGAAAUAAGGCCAGCGAUAUGAAAUGCUUAGCCUGCGAAGCUCCGUCGCCUUCGGCGGCGAGCAAGAACGAUUCCGCGGUCGCUAACAGGCCUGUUGAGUCCGGCAAACCACCGUUGUCGGAGCUGUUUAAAUCACCCGCCGGCUCCUGGACCUGCACGGGAUGUUACAUCGUCAAUUCCAGCACAAACGUCUACUGUGUCGCCUGCGACAAUCCCAAGGAUCCGUCGCAGCCGCCUAAGCCGCAGCAAGCCAGCAUCUUCACGCUAAACGCAUCCUCCGGCGCGGCACCCAUGACUACGUUCUCCUUCGGCAUUCCCAAAGACACCGCCAAGGAAACGAACGCCAGCAGUUUCAGUUUUCGGAUGCCGAAGGCGGAGGAUAAAGGCACGAGUGAUAACGCGAAGGUGGUGGAGAACGAAGACGUUCAUUUCUUGCCGGUCGUGCCGUUGCCGGACAAGGUUGACGUGAAGACUGGCGAAGAGGACGAAAAGGUGCUCUACAGUCAUCGAGCGAAGCUCUUUAGGUUCGAUACCGUGGCAAAGGAGUGGAAGGAACGUGGACUGGGCGACAUCAAGCUGCUUUGUCACAAUAAAACCGGCAAAUUGCGGCUGAUCAUGCGUCGGGACCAUGUACUGAAGCUGUGUCUCAAUCAUAUACUGUCCAAUGAACUAGAGUUCACACCGAAGGACGAGAAAACGUGGUUGUGGACCACUGCGGACUACAGCGAGGGUGAGAUCGAGUACAUGCAGUUUGCCUGCCGCUUCAAGACGCCCGACAUCGCAAAGGAUUUCAAGAGAGCGAUCGACGACGCAAGGAACAGUUCACCGGUCAAGGAGAUCGAGAUCGUUUACGAGGCGAAGGUCACUCCAGAAGAGAGGGCGGCCGCCUUAAAGUUGCAGUUACCGGAGAACUUUUACGUUUACAAGCAAAAGGAAGACUGUCCCGGUUGCAGAGGCUGCAGGAAACCGAGCAUAGUGCUGUAUCCAGACACCGCUGGGCAAGAAUCGACCAAGUGGAAGCCUGUACCCGAAGAAAAAAAGGCGAUAACACCGUCGAAGCUGAUCUCGAGCGUGGGCGCGAGAUCACCGGGCGGCCCCGAGAGCACCAGCGAGACGCAGUCCGCGUCCGUGAAGAAUGGAUUCUCUUUUGCGACAGCCACCGCGACGUUCAAGUCUCCGGCUGUUCCCACCACCUUCGACAGCUCUACUAUGAGCUUUGGUACCGGCGAUCUGAAACUGUUCAACGAUAAGAAGACUACGACUUUUUCGUUUGGCAUGAAUCCUCAGUUCGCUACCAAUGAAACGUCGGCGACGAAUGCCUCGCUUGAGAAUCUCAAGGUCUGUAGUCCUUCGAAUGCUCAAACGGUGCAGACGACUGGGUUUAACGCGGCUAGUACAGCUGGACAACAGUCGAUAUUCGGCCAAGCGGCCACGGCGCCCAUAUUCAAAACGUCCCCUUUCACUUUCGACUCCGACAAGAGUGUCUUUGGCGGCGCCUCGCUGAAAACUUCGUCGCUCUUUGGCGAGAGCAGCGGUGACAAUGCCGUUUCUUCUUCCACCGCUACAAAGACGAUCGCCACCACGGCGAAUUCCGUGCCGAAGACGUCGACAGUGGUCUCCACGUCCAACCAGUCCUCCAACUCGGUAUUCGGUGAUACGUCUUUCUCUAAAAUGUUCGGGGGUAACAGCGCCUCGCCAUUCAGUAGCUCCACGACGACGACAAAUAUCUUCAGCGGAACGGCCGUACCGACGACGACCAACUUGUUCGGUGGGACGACGGCAGCGACGACGACCAACAUCUUCGGCGGCAUGGCUGCGGUGACGACGAGCAACAUCUUCGGCAGGACAGCGGCACCGACGACGACCAACAUUUUCGGCGGGUCGACGGCACUGACCGCGACAAACGUCUUCGGAACAGCGGCGGCGACGAAUGUUUUCGCCACGACCCCAACAUCGACUGUCUUCAGCGCGAAGCCGUCGGACAACGUUCCGAAGAACGAGGACGAUAAUUUCUUCACAGCGAAUAACAUGUUCUCGGCACUCGCUGCGGCGACGGCGCAGCCGGAGGCCUUCAAAGUCGAUCCCGACUUUUCAUUCGCUGGCGCGGGAUCAUCAGUAUUCAGCUCGAAAUCCGCUACGUCUCUGAACAGCUCGUCGACGGUUCAAAACAAAUCACGCGAAGAUCCCCAGCAAAAGGAGGAUAACGAGGAGGACGACGGUGAAGUAGAUAAUGAGCAGGAGCACGAUCCUCACUUCGAACCUAUUAUACCUUUACCGGAUGCCAUCGAAAUUCGAACUGGCGAGGAAGAUGAGGAGAAAGUGUUCUGCCACAGAGCCAAGUUGUACAGAUACGACAACACCACGAGGGAGUGGAAGGAGCGCGGGAUCGGUGAGAUGAAGAUCCUGCAUCACGCGGGCCACGGCAGUUAUCGGUUGCUGCUGCGCCGGGAACAAGUAUACAAGGUCGUUUGCAACUUCCUAAUCACUUCCGACGUGGAGUUCCACCCGCUCUCUACGUCGGAUCAGGCCUGGAUGUGGGCUGGUAUGAACUAUGCCGAGCAGGAACCGUGCGUCGAACAGUUAGCAGUUAAAUUUAAAUCGCCCGAUCUGGCCAAGCAAUUCAAGGCGCAUAUCGAUAAUAUUCAACAAGAAUUGCGUGAGAAGAGAACUACUGAAGGUGAGAGGUGCAUCGGCGAAGCGGAAGACGGCGAGGAACACGACCGAAAUAAUGACGUGGACGAGGAACAAGAGGAAGAAGAAGAGGAUGACGAGGACGAGGAGGAGGAGGACGAGGAGGACGAACAUGAGAUGAUUCCCAUAAUCGAGAAACGUGCUACUGUGUUUGCAAGAUGGCCUAACGACAACAAGUGGGAGAGUGUGGGCUUAGGGAAUCUGGCAAUCCAUUACGAUUCCGAAAUCUACGCGGAAAGAAUCGUUCUGAAGCUCGACGACUCGGAGGAGUAUGCGAGCAACACCAUCAUCAGUAUGGAUACAGUGAUGCGGGUGGAAGGCAAAGAGUGUAUUUGGAGCGGGGUUGAUUACGCCUUGGAUCCUCCAGUAAGGAGAGUUCUGAGGGCAGUCUUCUCAUCGGUGCAAGCAGCGCAACAGAUGCAUACGUUUUUCGAAGAUGGAGUGGACAGCGCGAAGCAAGCUGGUGUCGUCGAGUAUCAUGAAGCAGAAUGAAGAUUUUUAGUUAAUAAGUAGCUACGCUAAUUGGCUGUUGUUACAUAAUUCAUUACCUUCCUACGUUAGCGUAAAUGUUAAACAGGUUGUUUUUGUCGCUUCUAUCAAGUUGUAAGAAUAAGUAAGGGAAAUCGUAUCAUUCGCUAGAUUUUUACCCGCUUUUGUUCUUUUCUUCUCUGUUUUUAGAAUCAAGACACGCGGAGUUCGACAAAUACAAUUGUAUAUGCACGCGCGAACACAAGGUGCAAGUUCCCUUUGUAAUAAUUUUAUGUUCGGUAAGAAAUACUUAUUUAUAGUAACUGCACAAACUGGAAAAAAUAGAAGAUCAAACAUUUAAUUCGUUCAUUUUUUUAUACUAGUCUAUAUAAGAAAGUUUCUCUUUUGUUUGUUUUUAUUUUUGUUUUUUUUUAAAUAUGUGCCAAAACUGAAAAUCGCUUUCUACCUUGCAAGGAAAGCACCAUUUCCGUAACUAUACUGGUAACUAUUUUUAAAAAGUUGUCUAUAGCUAUUUAUAUACUUUUAAGUAGACGUUUGCAAAAAUCUCGGUGAAAAUCACACGUUAUAUGCUCACGGUUACCAAUAAGUAAGAUAUUGACACAAACACAACAUUCAUGCUGAUAAUUUUCUACCAAUUAUGAUGGUACGUUGAAAGGAUGGUCGAGAUUAGUUUUGAUUGGAUUGUAAAGAGUUGUUCCAGCACCGAAAUUAACAGCUGUUGUAAAUACUACGUGAUCCUAUAGUUACAUCCGAUUAAGUGUAAUUGUAAUACCUUGGACUGACAUAGGAUGAAUUGUCGCAUGACAAAAUAUGUAAACAUUAACGAUAUAACGAUGUUGUAACGUGUAACGUAAGAAUAUUAAACAUUUAAUCGAAAUAUUACUUUUAGAAACUAUUUUUCUCAGGUAAGUGACAUUUCCCACAUUAUGUUAAUCCUGCAACAAUCUAACACGUGUAUUAGCAAGAUGGAUUUAUUGUAAGACUCGAAUACAAAUCAAAUCUCUGUACCUAUCGUAAAUAAAUAAAUUAAGGACU